CCCCCUCCUCUCUGCCGCCGCUCCUCUUUCUCUGCCGGAUCACAGCCGAGGCGGCUCGCAAAGCCACGGACAGCAACUACAAACACCGAGAGAAAGACAAUACCAAAAUGAGUGGACUGCAGUGCCUCGCCUCAGAGAACGUCUGGUUCGACAAAAUGCGCUACGAUGAGGCAGAGAAGUGCUUCUACGAGGGAGCCAACGGACCUUCUAUGAGGGUUAAAACGGCCAUGCAGCAGCCCAAAGGGGCCCAGCAGAAACGGCGGCACAGAAACUCGUCCUCACAUGCAGGAGGAGACCAGGAGCUGGUUUCUCGCAUGAAGAGCAUGGAGCUGGAGAACCAUACUCUACACAAAGUGGUGGAAGAUAUGAGAGCAGCCCUGCAGAAGCUGGAGUCCAGAGUGGCUAUGCUGGAAAAGAGCCCAGCGGCCGUCCCAUGUGCUAAGGCUGCUCCAGCCAAACAGGUGGAAAAUGGAGAUGAUGAUGAUGACGAUGACAUUGACCUGUUCGGCAGUGAUGAAGACGACGAUGAAGCAGAACGCAUUAAGCAGGAGCGCCUGGAUGCCUAUGCAGCCAAGAAGUCCAAGAAACCCACCCUCAUCGCCAAGUCAUCUAUCCUGUUGGACGUUAAGCCCUGGGACGAUGAGACUGAUAUGGUGAAGCUGGAGGAGUGUGUGCGGUCUGUGCAGAUGGACGGGCUCCUGUGGGGAGCAUCCAAACUGUUGCCAGUUGGCUACGGCAUCAAGAAGCUGCAGAUCAACUGCGUUGUUGAGGACGACAAAGUUGGCACCGACAUCCUGGAGGAGGAGAUCACCAAGUUUGAGGACUAUAUCCAGAGUGUAGAUGUUGCUGCCUUCAAUAAGAUCUAAGCUCCACCAGCUGACUUGCUCCACCAAAGUGUUGCUGCUGUUCCUGGCUUGCACGGUUAUUAAAAUGCAAAGUUUUGGG